AAGACCGCUGAUGAAUAAACAAUAUGGUGGAUUAUUGGCCGAAGUGUAGAAGACAUCAAUGAGUUCAGUUUAUCUGUCGUAUUAAACCAAACAAACCAUUUCUAUUAAAGUUUGAAGGUGGUCGACUGGCUCUGUCUGCGAUGAAGGUGGUCAACCUGAAGCAGGCGAUCCUGCAAGCGUGGAAAGAGCGUUGGAGUGACUACCAGUGGGCCAUCAACAUCAAGAGAAACUGCCCCAAAGGAGUCACAUGGGACUACCUCAAUCUCGCAGAGGCUCUGAUGGAGCAGGCGAUGAUUGGGCCGUCCCCCAACCCUCUGAUCCUGUCGUACCUGAAGUACGCCAUCAGUUCACAGAUGGUGUCUUACUCCAGCGUCCUCACAGCAAUGAGUAAGUUUGAUGACUUCUCCCGUGAGCUGUGUGUGAAGUCUUUGCUGGAGAUCAUGGACAUGUUCUCCCAUCGCCUCAGCUGCCACGGGAAGGCUGAGGAGUGUAUCGGGCUGUGCCGCUCGCUGCUGUGUGUGGUGGUGUGGCUGCUGCAGGGCUGUGCCUUCUACUGUGAGCGGCUCCGGGAACAGCAGGGGGCGCCGGCGAGCCAGGGAGUCCCAGCACCGUCCCCAUCUCCAGGGCCAGGAGCAGGAGCAGGAGCUGGGGAAGCCAGCCUAAAGGCCUGCCAGGAACGUCUGGAGAGCCUCAUUAAGAGCAUCAAGAACCGCGCGCUCAUUUACAUCGCCAGGGUGGAGGAGCAAGCGUCAUGGACCAAUGUGGAGCAGGCUUUGGUCAAACUAACAGAGAACCUCGGCAGCCUGACCAAUCACACGCUCCGAACCAAACUGGAGGAGAGUGCGGCACUAGUCAAGAGUAUCCCCCAGAUGUUGUCGGUGCAGUCCGACCCCCCGGUGCUCACGUCCUUCCCCUCGGUCCACGCCUUCGUCAUGCUGGAGGGCACCAUGAACCUCACAGGGGACACACAGCCCCUGGUGGAGCAGCUCAUGAUGAUCAAGAGGAUGCAGCGUAUUCCUGCACCGUUGUUUGUGCUGGAGAUCUGGAAGGCUUGCUUCACCGGCCUCAUCGAGUCUCCAGAGGGCACUGAGGAGCUCAAGUGGACUGCCUUCACCUUCCUCAAGAUUCCUCAAGUCCUGCUGAGGCUGAAGAAAUACCCACAGAGUGACAAGCAGGACUUCAUGGAGGGAUGGACACCGCCAAUCAGUAGUGAGACCCUGGACAAGGCUGACCAGAGAUGCAACUGUGACUGCCUGAGCCUUCUCUUACAGGAGUGCAAUAAGCUGGGCCUGCUAUCAGACUCCAAUACCGCCAACCUCACUGCCAAACGGGAGUUUGCCCCACGUCUCAAAACAGCAGAGAAUGCAAACAUCCAGCCCAACCCAGGACUCAUCCUUAGAGCAGAGCCCACGGUCACCAACAUCCUCAAGACGGUAGAUGCAGACCACUCUAAGUCGCCAGAGGGGCUUCUGGGUGUUUUGGGUCACAUGCUGUCGGGGAAGAGUCUGGACCUUCUACUGGCUGCGGCCGCCGCCACUGGCAAACUCAAGUCCUUCGCCCGCAAGUUCAUCAAGCUGAAUGAGUUCCCCAAGCACAUGAGUGGAGAGGGAUCUAAAUCGGCAUCUGUGCGGGCCCUGUUGUUUGAUAUCUCCUUCCUCAUGCUCUGCCACGUGGUUCAAACAUAUGGCUCAGAGUUGAUCCUGUCGGAGCCCAGCCCGUCGGGUGAGGUGCCCUUCUUCGAGACGUGGCUGCAGACGUGCAUGCCGGAGGAGGGCAAGACGCUGAACCCUGACCACCCCUGCUUCAGGCCAGAGUCCGGCAAGGUGGAGAGCCUGGUGGCGCUGCUCAACUCCGCCUCUGAGAUGAAGCUCGUUCAGAUGAAGUGGCAUGAGAUCUGUUUGAACACACCUGGAGCCAUCCUUGAGGUGCUGAACGCCUGGGAGAACGGGGUCCUAUCUGUGGAGAAUGUGCAGAAGAUCACAGAUAACAUUAAGGGGAAGGUGUGCAGCAUGGGCAUCUGUGCAGUGGCCUGGCUAGUGGCCCACGUCAGGAUGCUGGGGCUGGACGAGAGGGAGAAACCCCAGACCAUGAUCCGCCAGCUGAUGACCCCUAUGUACGGAGAAAACACACUGCAGUUCUACAACGAACGUGUGGUGAUCAUGACGUCUAUAAUGGAGCACAUGUGCGCUGACGUCUUUCAGCAGACUGCACUGUCACUGCGCCCCCCGGUGGAAGGGCAGGACACCAUCCCCUACCGCAACCUGCUGCCCCCCCGACAGCCCAUCCACGAGGCGCUGCAUAGCCAGUUCAGAGACGUGCUGAACAAGGGCUGGCUGGACAGCAGAGCACUCCAUCUCUUCGAGAACCUGCUCAACAUGGGAGGAGUGUUCUGGUUCACCAACAACCUGGUUAAGGAGCUGUUAAAGGAGACGCGUAAGGAGUGGGCACUGCGUGUGGUGGAGCUGCUCUACGCCAUCUUCUGUCUGGACUCGCAGCAGAUCACCCUGACCCUGCUGGGCACCAUCCUGCCCAACCUCCUCACCGACCCUGCCCACUGGCACAGCCUCGCCGACCCGCCUGGCAAAGCCCUCGCCAAGUUGUCUGUGUGGUGUGCCCUCAGCGCCUACUCUUCCCACCACAAAGGCCAAGCCUCCGCUCGCCAGCGCAAGAGACAACGAGAGGACAUUGAGGAUUACAACAGCCUGUUCCCAUUGGACGACACACAGCCCUCUAAACUGAUGCGUUUGUUGAGCUCCAAUGAAGAUGAGCCAGUGAUGCUGUCUAGCCCAGGUGAUCGGACCAUGAGCAGCUCUCUGUCCGCAUCGCAGCUGCAUGCCGUCAACAUGAGAGACCCCCUCAACCGAGUACUGGCCAACCUGUUCCUGCUGAUCUCGUCCAUCCUGGCGUCCAAGACGGCCGGUCCACACACCCAGUUUGUGCAGAGCUUCAUGGAGGAGUGUGUGGAGUGCCUGGAGCAGGGCAGCCGGGGGAGCAUCCUGCAGUUCAUGCCCUUCACCAUGGUGUCUGAGCUGGUGAAGCUGCCUGCCCUGGCGAAGCCCAAAGUGGUCUUGUCCAUCUCUGACCUCACCCUGCCACUCGGCCGGAGAGUAGCCGCCAAAGCCAUCUCUGCACUGUAGGGCGCACGCACGCACGCGACACACACACACACACACACACACAGACAGACGGACACGCAAACACACACACACACAGACGGACACGCACAUGCACACGCACACACGCGCAAACUUCCAAAUAGA